GCGGACCGUGUCAGCGAGCGCGCGUGUCGCUCGUCAUAAAGAGUUCAGUGAACGAGUGUUGUGCUUAUGAACAAUCAAGAUGGUGCGUAGCUUAUCGCAGUGGACGAAGACCCUCAGCUUUCCAGCGAGGUUGUCUCCCAAUCGUACAUCAAAGGAGAGCGUCGGGAAUGGCCAAUCGUCCCCAGGAGUGUCGCCAACUCCCAGCGCCUCAUCGCUCCCCCAGAGCUCGGAUAAAACUAUCACACCAAUACCUAUCACCGAGAUCAGUCAAAUCAUAUAUCCAGAUCCGGAGUCUGAAAAGGCUAUUAUGGGAUCGGUGGUGUACUGUAUCCACCAUAAGGAAGGAUGCCAAUGGUCUGAUGAACUACGCAAAUUGAAGGCGCAUUUGAACACGUGCAAGCACGAUGCGGUGCUCUGCGCGGCACAGUGCGGUGCGAUGAUCCCGCGCGUGUUGAUGCAAGAUCACUUGCGCUACACCUGCCCCCGUCGCCGCGCCAACUGUGAGCACUGUCACAAGGAAUUCUCAGGGAGCGCCUUAGAGGAGCACCAAGGAAACUGUGGUCAUGAGCCAGUUUACUGUGAAAACAAGUGCGGAGCUAAGGUCCAGCGCAGACACACACAGCAGCACAUCCAACAACAUUGCAGUAAACGACUGGUGCCUUGUAAACACUGCGGGCAGAGUUAUACACAGGACACAGUAUCGGCUCACGGAGCGUCAUGCGCCCGCGCACCCGUGGCGUGUCCCCAGCGGUGUGGAGCGAGCGGCGUGCCGCGCGCGGACCUGGCGGCACACCUGAGGGACCACGCCGCCGCUGCAGCUGCUGCUGCCUUACCCUGCUCCUUUAGAGAUGCUGGCUGUAGAUUUAAGGGCACAAGACAAGCUCUAGAAAAACAUACAGAAGAAAGUUGCCAACAACACCUAGCCCUCGUGUCAGCUCUCGCCAGCCGUCAAGCGCGGCAACUAGACUCCUUGCGAGCAGCAGUAGCUAGAUUGUCAGUCAACUGUUCUGGUGCACUUGUAUGGCGCAUUAGCGACUGGGCUGCCAAAAUGGCCGAGGCAAAGUGCAAAGAUGGUGUCGAACUUGUGUCCCCUGCGUUUUACACCAGUCAAUACGGAUAUAAGUUACAGGCAUCAUUAUUCCUCAAUGGCAACGGAGCUGGUGAAGCUACCCACAUGUCGGUGUACAUCAAGAUCCUUCCAGGAGAGUACGACGCACUCCUUCGCUGGCCUUUCGCUCACACGGUCUCCUUCACCUUAUUUGACCAGAGUUCAAGCCCAGACAGAGCCUGCAACAUUGUGGAAAGCUUCGUCCCUGACCCCACGUGGAAGAACUUCCAAAGACCCUCAAAGGAGCCUGAUGCACUAGGCUUUGGGUUCCCAAGGUUCGUUUCCCAUGAAAUGCUUAAGAAGAGGAACUUCAUCAAGGAUGAUGUUAUGUUCUUAAGGGUUAAAGUAGAUCCGAGUAAGAUUGUAGCUGUUUAGUAUUAAUGUUAGUGUACAUUUUCUAUAGACAAGCCCACAGAUGUGACACAAUUAUAAUUUAAAUAAACAUGCCAGAUUAAAAUUUUCUGUCAGGUCAUUAGAAAACCUAUCAUACAAUUUUGGUUCAAAAAGUUUCGGGUAAUUUUCGUUAAGGUUUAAUUAUCUAGUUGUACCUUCAAUAUUAUUGUAAUGUUCAAAUUUUGAUUAUAAUUACAAUGAAAGAGAUAUAGUAGUAAUAGGACUAGGAUGAAGCUUAGGGUUAAAUUUAACUUACUUCUAACUUCAGUCUGAAUCCAAGUUAACUUAAGCUAUUAACACAUAAUGUGUAUUGUAUAGUCAUUAUUUAGAAUUAAGUAACUUGAAGUCAUAGAUAUAAAUGUAAAUACUAUUUUUAUACUUAGUUCAAUAACUUGUACAUAUUCUGUAAAUAUUAGCUAUAGGAUGCGCGUACGCAAUUGUUAUCCUUUCACUAAAGAUCUCUUGAGUUUCAAUGCCGGCAGAAGAACGUAACAAGCUCAAGUUAGUUUCAAAGAAUUCUGUAACUUAACUUCUUAGCUAUAGUGUACAUAUUUCAUAAACUUGUUUUCUUGCUUGCCAAUUUCUGUGCCAUAUUCUGCUAUGUUUAUCUAUUAACACAAUAAUUUGCAGAUGUUUUUUUUUGUAGAAUGUCCUAGAAUUUAGUUUUGGUAUACAAAUAAUUUUGCCUUGUAUAUAUGGGAUUACAAAAUAAGUGUGUAGAAAAAAGCCAAAAUAAUUGCUCUGUUAUGAAGACAGUUCAUUAGCGCCUCAAAUGCACUCUAGCGGUCCUUACUAACAACGAACUAAUGAACCCAAAUAGGGCUAUUAAGUUCCCGCUUGAGCUUCUACUA